AUGGCCAACUUGACCAUUUUAUCCCUUUUUGAAAACCGUUUUUCUGGAUCCAUCCCUCAAGAAGUUGGAAUGCUAAGGUCUCUCAUUGAACUUGAUUUGUAUGUAAACAAUCUCACAGGUUCAAUCCCUACUUCUAUAGGGAACAUGGCCAACUUGACCAUUUUAUCCCUUUUUGAAAACUGUUUUUCUGGAUCCAUCCCUCAAGAAGUUGGAAUGCUAAGGUCUCUCAUUGAACUUGAUUUGUAUGUAAACAAUCUCACAGGUUCAAUCCCUACUUCUAUAGGGAACAUGGCCAACUUGACCAUUUUAUCCCUUUUUGAAAACUGUUUUUCUGGAUCCAUCCCUCAAGAAGUUGGAAUGCUAAGGUCUCUCAUUGAACUUGAUUUGUAUGUAAACAAUCUCACAGGUUCAAUCCCUACUUCUAUAGGGAACAUGGCCAACUUGACCAUUUUAUCCCUUUUUGAAAACUGUUUUUCUGGAUCCAUCCCUCAAGAAGUUGGAAUGCUAAGGUCUCUCAUUGAACUUGAUUUGUAUGUAAACAAUCUCACAGGUUCAAUCCCUACUUCUAUAGGGAACAUGGCCAACUUGACCAUUUUAUCCCUUUUUGAAAACUGUUUUUCUGGAUCCAUCCCUCAAGAAGUUGGAAUGCUAAGGUCUCUCAUUGAACUUGAUUUGUAUGUAAACAAUCUCACAGGUUCAAUCCCUACUUCUAUAGGGAACAUGGCCAACUUGACCAUUUUAUCCCUUUUUGAAAACUGUUUUUCUGGAUCCAUCCCUCAAGAAGUUGGAAUGCUAAGGUCUCUCAUUGAACUUGAUUUGUAUGUAAACAAUCUCACAGGUUCAAUCCCUACUUCUAUAGGGAACAUGGCCAACUUGACCAUUUUAUCCCUUUUUGAAAACUGUUUUUCUGGAUCCAUCCCUCAAGAAGUUGGAAUGCUAAGGUCUCUCAUUGAACUUGAUUUGUAUGUAAACAAUCUCACAGGUUCAAUCCCUACUUCUAUAGGGAACAUGGCCAACUUGACCAUUUUAUCCCUUUUUGAAAACUGUUUUUCUGGAUCCAUCCCUCAAGAAGUUGGAAUGCUAAGGUCUCUCAUUGAACUUGAUUUGUAUGUAAACAAUCUCACAGGUUCAAUCCCUACUUCUAUAGGGAACAUGGCCAACUUGACCAUUUUAUCCCUUUUUGAAAACUGUUUUUCUGGAUCCAUCCCUCAAGAAGUUGGAAUGCUAAGGUCUCUCAUUGAACUUGAUUUGUAUGUAAACAAUCUCACAGGUUCAAUCCCUACUUCUAUAGGGAACAUGGCCAACUUGACCAUUUUAUCCCUUUUUGAAAACUGUUUUUCUGGAUCCAUCCCUCAAGAAGUUGGAAUGCUAAGGUCUCUCAUUGAACUUGAUUUGUAUGUAAACAAUCUCACAGGUUCAAUCCCUACUUCUAUAGGGAACAUGGCCAACUUGACCAUUUUAUCCCUUUUUGAAAACUGUUUUUCUGGAUCCAUCCCUCAAGAAGUUGGAAUGCUAAGGUCUCUCAUUGAACUUGAUUUGUAUGUAAACAAUCUCACAGGUUCAAUCCCUACUUCUAUAGGGAACAUGGCCAACUUGACCAUUUUAUCCCUUUUUGAAAACUGUUUUUCUGGAUCCAUCCCUCAAGAAGUUGGAAUGCUAAGGUCUCUCAUUGAACUUGAUUUGUAUGUAAACAAUCUCACAGGUUCAAUCCCUACUUCUAUAGGGAACAUGGCCAACUUGACCAUUUUAUCCCUUUUUGAAAACUGUUUUUCUGGAUCCAUCCCUCAAGAAGUUGGAAUGCUAAGGUCUCUCAUUGAACUUGAUUUGUAUGUAAACAAUCUCACAGGUUCAAUCCCUACUUCUAUAGGGAACAUGGCCAACUUGACCAUUUUAUCCCUUUUUGAAAACUGUUUUUCUGGAUCCAUCCCUCAAGAAGUUGGAAUGCUAAGGUCUCUCAUUGAACUUGAUUUGUAUGUAAACAAUCUCACAGGUUCAAUCCCUACUUCUAUAGGGAACAUGGCCAACUUGACCAUUUUAUCCCUUUUUGAAAACUGUUUUUCUGGAUCCAUCCCUCAAGAAGUUGGAAUGCUAAGGUCUCUCAUUGAACUUGAUUUGUAUGUAAACAAUCUCACAGGUUCAAUCCCUACUUCUAUAGGGAACAUGGCCAACUUGACCAUUUUAUCCCUUUUUGAAAACUGUUUUUCUGGAUCCAUCCCUCAAGAAGUUGGAAUGCUAAGGUCUCUCAUUGAACUUGAUUUGUAUGUAAACAAUCUCACAGGUUCAAUCCCUACUUCUAUAGGGAACAUGGCCAACUUGACCAUUUUAUCCCUUUUUGAAAACUGUUUUUCUGGAUCCAUCCCUCAAGAAGUUGGAAUGCUAAGGUCUCUCAUUGAACUUGAUUUGUAUGUAAACAAUCUCACAGGUUCAAUCCCUACUUCUAUAGGGAACAUGGCCAACUUGACCAUUUUAUCCCUUUUUGAAAACUGUUUUUCUGGAUCCAUCCCUCAAGAAGUUGGAAUGCUAAGGUCUCUCAUUGAACUUGAUUUGUAUGUAAACAAUCUCACAGGUUCAAUCCCUACUUCUAUAGGGAACAUGGCCAACUUGACCAUUUUAUCCCUUUUUGAAAACUGUUUUUCUGGAUCCAUCCCUCAAGAAGUUGGAAUGCUAAGGUCUCUCAUUGAACUUGAUUUGUAUGUAAACAAUCUCACAGGUUCAAUCCCUACUUCUAUAGGGAACAUGGCCAACUUGACCAUUUUAUCCCUUUUUGAAAACUGUUUUUCUGGAUCCAUCCCUCAAGAAGUUGGAAUGCUAAGGUCUCUCAUUGAACUUGAUUUGUAUGUAAACAAUCUCACAGGUUCAAUCCCUACUUCUAUAGGGAACAUGGCCAACUUGACCAUUUUAUCCCUUUUUGAAAACUGUUUUUCUGGAUCCAUCCCUCAAGAAGUUGGAAUGCUAAGGUUCAAUCCCUACUUCUAUAGGGAACAUGGCCAACUUGACCAUUUUAUCCCUUUUUGA